AUGAUUGCCCUUGAAGAGAGAAUUGUUACAUUCCUCGGAUCAUUCUUCGAGAUCAAUGCAUAUGAUCAACCAGGUGUUCAAGAUGGUAAGAAAGCUGCAACUGAUGUUAACACUGCUUCAAAGAAGAUUGUUGCAGGACUUGAGAAGAUUGACGGAAAACUUUCCGGUUAUACAGAAGACAUUCUCAAAGCACUUGGAUUCACCGAUGUUCCAUAUGAAGCUGAAGAUGUUCUUAACGAUAUCGUAAAGAAUAUUGACGUUGAUGAAUCUUAUCCAACACUCAAAGGUGUUAUUAAAGCAGAAAACCAUUGGUGUACAAAGUGCAAACAUUUCUAUUUUGACUUUUCAAAAUAA